GGCAAGCUAAACGCGAGAAAACUUCGUGUCAGCCUUCCUCGCACAGAGCAAGAUAUGGUGUCCCGUAGAGUUCUUUCUUGGAGACAAUUACUCCUUAUUCUACACAUUCUGUACGGGAUAUCGGUUGCACUUGAACAUCCUACUGUGCUUGAACGGGCGUCCAGCAGGAAUUUGACUUACACGUUAACGCUGGAAGGUGACGAUCCCACAAGACCUCUGGCACAUGAGGAAUUCGGGUUGCUGCCACACAAGGUAGAUUUGGUCAAGACUCGGUCGGAGUUGGAACGCUCGCGACUAGCAUCCGACGUAUCCCAAACGGAGAGUCUUCCCUCGUCUGUAGAGGCCUCUCGUUCGACCGCGUCCACCACGGAUCAACAUAAGACGAAGGAAGGUGUGACAUUAGGGAGAAUUGCACCGACAGGCAUGUCGUCCUCUAAGCCUGGGCGCUCGUCGCAGAAAGGUUCCGGCAAUGAUGGUUGUAUGGGGCCAGUGGAUGCGGUUUCUUUUGUGAAUAAGGUUAAGGAUCGGUUUGCUGAGCGCCCGGAGCUUUUUAGCGAGUUUCUUCUGAUCUUGCAGGCGUACCAGCGGGAGUCGCUGCCUCUGCGGAAGGUGUAUGAGCAGGUCGAGGAGCUUUUUGACGCGGAGCCAGAUCUGAUGAAAGAUUUUAGAAAGUUCCUGCCCGAGGCCACAGCUUAUAAGCGAUAACAACACCUAUCUCACUUAUUCGUCCCAUCCGCAGUGUAGAUCCCAUGAAGUGCUGGAUACGUGAUAGCAGACAUUCUCCACAGGUUCAAAUGACACAAAAGUCCAAAAACCAAUAUACAUACUACAAAAGCAGUCAAUGCGGAAAAUAGUGUCUUAGUAGUGUGUGUAUGAUGUUCAAAACGGCUGUGUCAUCCA